GGCCCUCAGAGGCCCUCGGCCUCUGGCAUCCUGGGCUUCCGCAGCCGGCGCUUCAGCCUUCUGGCUUCUGGCUUCUGCCAAGUUCUAUUUACCGCCGGCGCUUCUGUGUUCUGACCUCUGGCCUAGCGCUUCUGGCUGACUUCUAGCAGCUUCAGAUUCCCCCUCAGAGCCUCAAACAAGUAGAAAGAUAAGCAGAGGUAGCUUCUCCAGCUCAACUAAGCUAACUAAGCUACAGCGGUGCAAGCAGAUCAGCACAGUGCAGAAGUGUGUCCUCCCUUCCUCCCCGUUUAAUACGAGGUGUUUCAACCUGAUUGCAUUGCAGCGAGAAUUCAUGGCGGGUCAGGUUACAGCAGGUGCUGUGGAGUACCUGAAGAAGAAUAUACCACCUUCCGAAAAGGGUUUCCCUGAUGGCUUUGUCGUGCAGAUGCUCGAGCUGGAAAAGACACAAGGCAAAAUUGCAAAGUACAGGUUUCUUGCCAACGACGGGCAGAGCAGGAUUCGUGGCGUCCUGCCAAGCACAAUGACCAGCGACGUGGAGACAUCUAAGACCGUCCAGAAUUUUGGUCUUUUGCGCGUCAAAGAGGCCGUCUGCAAUGUGGUUCAUGGAGAAGAGGUCAUACUGUGCUUGAAGUGCGAGGUUGCAGGACCCUCCCUUGGUCAAGAGCUCCGUUCAGGACCGCAGCCUGCACCAGCUGCUUUGAAGCCAGAGGAGAUGACGCCCACAAAAGUUUCACAGACCCCCAGCUUCUCUUUCAAUACCACCCCGCCCCCUGCUUCACCUCCACUUGCCUCCCCCAUGUUCACGCCCGAAGCAAAGCCUUUCCCUAUGUCCACUCCAAAGCCGGCUUCAAAGAUCAUGGAGGCAGAGAGAAACAAGGCCGCAGCUUCCAACAGGAUGGCCUCUUCUGGUUCAAGGCGGGUUUACCCGCUCGUUUCUCUAAAUCCAUACCAGGGCAACUGGACAAUCCAGGUUCGGGUGACAAACAAGGGGCCGAUGCGCACGUUCAAGACAGCCAGAGGCGACGGAAACGUCUUCAGUGUUGAGCUGAUGGAUGAAGAGGGCACUGAGAUCCAGGCUACCAUGUGGAGGGAGGCGGCGGAUAAGUUCUGGGAAGUUUUUCAGCUCCACAAGGUGUACUACAUCUCUGGUGGGCAGCUCAAGAUGGCCAACCGGAAAUUCUCAACCGUCAAGAACGAGUACGAGCUCAAUCUGGGAGCCAAUUCUCGGGUGGAGGAGGUAGAGGACACCGCUGGGAGCCCAAGUUCCAUCCCCACCGCCAAGUACAACUUCGUCCACUUUGAUGCACUCGGUCCGUAUGUUGGGGGAAGGGAAUUGAUCGAUGUGGUGGGCGUUCUAAAGUCCGCCGCUCCCACCACGUCCAUCAGGAGAAAGAUCAACGGAGAGGAAUUGACCAAGCGGGAGAUCACACUGGCAGACCAGAGUGAGAAGACGGUGGCUGUCACCCUGUGGGGUAAACAGGCCCUGGAGGAGGGUGCCCAGCUGGAGGCCCUUCAAGACUCUGCCCCCGUCAUUGCUGUGCGCUCACUGCGGGUGGGCGACUACCAGGGUGUCUCGCUCUCCACCACUGGCCGGAGCUUGGUUCUAAUCAACCCUGACCUUCCUGAGACACAAGCGAUCCGGAAAUGGUAUGACGGUGAAGGAAAAACUGCGGCGCUGACAUCAGCAGGCGCGGGGCUUGCAUCUGCUUCGAAGGGUGCCGGCGGCUCAAGGUCGAUUUACGAUGAUCGGGCCUUCCUGAAAGAGGUCACCGAACCUACUGUGGGGGACGGAAAGAUGGAGUACUUCAAUGUGCGCUGCUCGACGACGUGGCUGAAGCCGGACCAGGCGAUGUGGUACCUGGCCUGCCCCAGCUGCACCAAGAAGGUGUCCGAGGUCAGCGGCGGCAACCGCUGGUGGUGCGAGGGCUGCUCCAAGGAAUACGACUCCUUCAAGCGCCGGUACAUCGUGAGCGUGAAGGUGGGCGACUCGAGCGGCGAGGCGUGGGUGUCGGUGUUCAAUGAGCAGGCGGAGGCGCUCCUGGGCAUGCCCGCCGACCAGCUUGCGGACAUCAAGGACCAGGAUGAGAAGAAGUAUGAGGAGGCGCUCAAGGGGGCCCUCUGGAAGGAGCACGUGGCACGGUUGAGCGUGACAGUACAGGAGUACAUGGACCAAAAGCGGCAGCGGAUCACGGUGCGGAGCCUGCAGCCCGUCAGCUGGGCGGGCGAAUCCAAGUACGCCCUAGAGCAGAUCGCCAAGCUGCAAGGACACCCAGUCGCGACGUGAUAGGAAAAACGAAACAAGACAUGGCUGCGGCCCAAGAUAGAUAGUCUGGCAUCGGCAGUUGUUGGCCGUGGGGAUUGACGGUUUGUUGACCUGUGUGUUGGGCACAAACACCGAUGCGUUCUGCCACCCAAGUGGCACACCUGUACUUCCAACUUGUGACAUUUUCCUUCUCGCGGUGCGCCAUGAUGGGCGGCUUCGAGCUUCCAGCUUGCAUUCUGCAGUCGCUGGCUAUCCUG